ACACUUUCCAGUGACUAUGUUUUUCAUCUCCACCCUGUAUAGGUUUAAAGUGUUACUAAACCCAGGACCCUGCAUUCACUAUAUCUGGUCUCCCGGGACCCUGCAUUUACUAUAUCUGGUCUCCCGGGACCCUGCAUUCACUAUAUCUGGUCUCCCGGGACCCUGCAUUCACUAUAUCUGGUCUUCCGGGACCCUGCAUUCACCUGGUCUCCCGGGACCCGGCAUUCACUAUAUCUGGUCUCCCGGGACCCUGCAUUCACUAUAUCUGGUCUCCCCGGACCCUGCAUUCACUAUAUCUGGUCUCCCCGGACCCUGCAUUCACUAUAUCUGGUCUCCCGGGACCCUGCAUUCACUAAAUCUGGUCUCCCACAGACCCUGCAUUCACUAUAUCUGGUCUCCCACAGUACACUCAACAUGG